AUGAAGAUGAAAAAAAUAUACUUAACAUUCUCAAUGUUUACACUGACGCAAUUUAUUCAUGCGCAAAGCAUUUGGACACCAUCAGGAACGGAUAUUUCCACCACCACAUCCGGCAACUGUGAAAUUGGACUCAAACUCCAAGUAAAAGGUGGCGAAAUUGAAAUGCCAACAGUUAGUCCUACAUCGAUCAGAUAUAUACGAGGCGUGGCUCCACUUGGUGUUUUAGGACUGUAUGUAAAUACCUCACCUACUGAUGGGGCAAAUGUAGAAGUAUUUGGCGAUGCCCACGGAACCUUUAACGGACAAGUACAUUACAAUUCAUAUCAUAACGCAUUAGGGGCCGGUAGUUUAGAUGAAUAUGGACACAUAUUUCAAAACAACACAUCUGGAACAACUUCUGCAUGGAUACCACAAAUAGGCAUCAUGAAAAAUGGCAAAGUGAUAAUAAGUGACAACUUGCCUGCAUUAGCACCACAAGAUUAUCUCACAGUAAAAAGAAGUAUAGGGUUAGAAGCACCAGAAGGUACUUACAGAGGUAUAAGUGGUCAUACAACUCAAGGUUCUGCUGGUAUAUAUGCAAAUUACUUUUCCACAAAUAGUGCAGGUAUUGAAGCUUUUGGCAUAUUGCACAACGCAUUUCCCGGAGCAAUACAUGCUUCAUCGUAUGGAGAUUAUACUGGAAUCACAGAAAAGGCAUUCAGUUUUGUCAACUUUACACCAUCUACAAACACCUAUCAUACAAACAUUUCUAUCACAAAAGAAGGGGAGAUGAUAAUUGCGAAAGACAGAAGCAUUGCCGACAUAAAAAAUGGAGAUAUACUGACAGUGAAAGACAAUAUUGGAUUUUUAAGCAAUACAAAUGGAUCAAGAAGAGCUGUCAAUGGCAAUACUAAAGAUAGCUGGUUAG